CCCAGAGCUUACCCCAAGAGGCACUUUAUAAGGGACUCCCUGCAGAGGUGACCGGAGCCACUUCCCUGGGGUGACAGCGAAGGCUGAGAGGUGGCGGGAGCCCCGCUCCAGCAGCCACCCCUGCACUCAAAACAACCACCCCUGAGGAAGAGGCACCUCACGAACCGCAACCAUGAACGGCACAGAAGGCCAAGACUUCUACGUACCCAUGUCCAACAAGACUGGGGUGGUGAGGAGCCCCUUCGAGUACCCCCAGUACUACCUGGCUGAGCCCUGGAAGUUCUCAGCGCUGGCUGCCUACAUGUUCAUGCUGAUCCUGCUCGGGUUCCCCAUCAACUUCCUCACCCUGUACGUCACCGUCCAGCACAAGAAGCUCCGGACACCUCUAAACUACAUCCUUCUGAACCUGGCGGUCGCCGACCUCUUCAUGGUCCUUGGAGGCUUCACAACCACCAUGUACACCUCGAUGAAUGGGUACUUUGUCUUUGGAGUAACAGGGUGCUACAUCGAGGGCUUCUUUGCUACACUGGGUGGUGAAAUUGCUCUCUGGUCGCUGGUUGUCCUGGCUAUCGAAAGAUACGUGGUGGUCUGCAAGCCCAUGAGCAACUUCCGCUUCGGGGAGAACCAUGCCAUCAUGGGGGUGGCCUUCACCUGGGUCAUGGCCCUGGCCUGCGCAGGCCCCCCGCUCUUUGGCUGGUCCAGGUACAUCCCCGAGGGCAUGCAGUGCUCGUGCGGGAUUGACUACUACACGCUGAAGCCAGAGAUCAACAAUGAGUCUUUCGUCAUCUACAUGUUCGUGGUUCACUUCACGAUCCCACUGACCGUCAUCUUCUUCUGCUACGGGAACCUGGUCUGCACUGUCAAGGAGGCUGCCGCCCAGCAGCAGGAGUCGGCCACCACCCAGAAGGCAGAGAAAGAAGUGACCCGCAUGGUCAUCAUCAUGGUCAUCUCCUUCCUGAUCUGCUGGGUGCCCUAUGCCAGUGUUGCUUUCUACAUCUUCACCAACCAGGGGUCGGACUUCGGGCCCGUCUUCAUGACCAUCCCGGCAUUCUUUGCCAAGAGCUCUGCCAUCUACAACCCCGUGAUCUACAUUGUCAUGAACAAACAGUUCCGUAACUGCAUGAUCACAACCCUUUGCUGCGGCAAGAACCCGCUAGGCGACGAGGACACGUCUGCUGGCAAGACAGAGACCUCCUCGGUCUCCAGUCCCCCCCGCUUAGGCCCGCCGGAGCGGCCGGUGCUCGGGGCGCCCCGGGAGCAGAGCCCAGCCCCGCGCGGCGGGAUCCCCUCUCCUGGCACUAGGAACCCUGGGAACAAGGCUGGAAAUGCCCAGCAGGCAGCAGCGAAGCCCCGGAGCCGUGCAGCAAAGCCCCAGCGGGCAGCCAGCCGCCCCGGGGGGGCCGGGAAAAGGCGUUUAGGGCCCCCCGUGGGUCCGGCCGCCCAGGAUGCAGGGGAAGGCGAUGGUGACAGUGACAGCUCUGCGGGUGCUGCGGCCAAGGGACCCCGGAAGGUGCCUGCGGGAAAAAGCAAAGGGAAGGCACCCAGCAGAGCACAGCGAGAUGCCCCCAAGGCGAAGGGGGGUCAAGGCAAGGCAAAGAAGCCUCUGGCAGCCCCAGGAGCCGGCCAGGAGAAGGCAGGGCUGCGGAAGGCAGCCCCCCCCCAGGGGGGCAAGAAGGCCCUGUAG